AUAAUCGACUGCCACACAUCAUUUGCAAUUACAAAGUAGAAAUUGCCACAGAAGAACACAGAAACACAAAAAAAUAUAAAGCUGGAAAACUCACACGCAAGUUCUCGCGAGUGAUCUACACAGUCUUGUUUUCUUCUUUCGAAGAAAAACAAACGUAUGGUUGGUAUCAGUGACAGGGCGAGUGCGAAAUUUCAUAGUUACAAAUUUGGUCAUCUGCUGUGGCAGUCUAUUGUUUGGUGUAUAAAAAGGAUGGACUUGUUCACAAUUUGGAGUAAAAAAAAAGCAUAGCCUUUUGGUUUUCUCUCAUAUUCUCUGCUCUGUUCUAUAAAGAAAAUGAAUAAAAUGGUUGUGAUGAUGGAUGUUUAUGACGAGAGAUCCAAGGCGAAAAUCAUUAGAACAGUUGCUGAUUUCCAUGGUGUUUCAUCGAUAACCAUGGACUCAAAAGAUGGGAAACUAACGGUGACUGGAGACUUUGACAGCAGGAAGAUCCUCACAAAACUCGAAAGGAGAUGGAUCAAUGCUGAAAUGGCGACAUUUGGACCUUACGAUCCCAAAAAAGAAGCUGAAAAGGCUGCGGCUGCUGCUCUUGAAAAGAAGAGGAUGGAAGAAAGGGAACGUGAGAGGUUAGAGGCUGCUUCCCGUGGAAACCAGAGUUGUUAUUAUGGUCCUACGCAUCAUCAGAUUUGUGUCAGUGUACGCGAUCAGGACCCUGGCUGCAUAAUCUCCUAAUAGUUUCAAGUGAAUAAUAAAAAAAGAAUAUGGUAACUUCUAAUAUUUGUCAGGAUCGGACACCGAACUACUGUUUCAACUGAUGUUUAGAUUUAGGUAAUGGAUGUUUUCAUUUCACUAUGUCAAAUCACUAUCUUAUAAAGUCAAGAAGAAAAAUAAUCGCGAUGAAAUGUCUGAAGAUGAAUCUGACAGACGUUGAGAGAAUUGUGCGUCACAAGAAACUUCCAGUCGCAGUUUCCAAAUAUAUUCAAAACGUAAUAAUCAUUUUCC